AUGACGGCAACUCCCAAAGUCCCCUAUGCAGAACGAGCAGCAGAGCUCGAAAAGGAGAUCGAGCGAUUAGAAGCUGAGCUAAGCGGUGAGGAUCCUCAAGCCAUCAUCAACAGGCAUAUCCGCCGGCUUCAUCGCUACAAUGAGAUCAAAGAUGGGACGCAAUCACUCAUCGCAAAGUAUGCUGUGAUGACGAAUCAGACCGUCCGACAGGUUCACGAAGAGCUCGAACUCCCUCUCAAGGACUAG